AUGGACGGUUCUCCCAAGAUCACCAAGGACGGUGUGAGUGUCGCCAAGGCCAUUCAGCUCAAGGAGGGCAAGACUCUUGAGAACGAGCUGGAGGUCGGUGAUGGAGUAGGGGGAAGUGUAACCACGGUCGAAGGGCAUACCCUCGGUGACCCUAAGUCCCAGAAGGUCGAGUUCGAGAAGCCCCUGAUCCUGCUUUCCGAGAAGAAGAUCUCUGCCGUUCAGGACAUCCUCCUGCCCUUCUUGAGGCCUCCACCACUCUCCGCCGAUCUUCUCUGA